AUGCGGUUCACGCGCGCCUACUCGAGCCUGAGCGGCGCCAUUCCCCCGGCCAAGGCCAAGUACGUGCCGUCAACCGGAACGUACCCCAGGGGUUUCCAGGCCUCGGGCGUCUUUGUCGGCGUCAAGCCUGGCAACACGAGCAAGCCCGAUCUCGCCCUCGUCACCUCUGACCGGCCCUGCGCCGCCGCCGCAGUCUUCACCAAGAACAAGUUCCAGGCCGCCCCCGUCAGCUUCAGCCGCGACCUGCUGCGCACCCGUGCCAAUGCCGGCCUACGCAGCGUCAUCGUCAACUCGGGCAACGCAAACGCCGUCACCGGCAUCGGAGGGCUCGAGGACGCUGCGGCUAUGGCCCAGACGACUGACCAACGCGUGGGUGCGGAGGACUCGACCAUUGUGAUGAGUACCGGUGUCAUUGGACAGAGACUGCCCAUUCAGAAGAUUGUCGACCACAUCCCCGUCGCCUGCCACCAGGCCGGGGACUCCCAUAAGCACUGGCUCAACUGCGCCAAGGCCAUCUGCACGACCGAUACCUUUCCCAAGCUCAUGUCGCGUACAUUUGCGCUGCCCUCGUCCCCCGGCGUCGAGUACCGCAUUGCUGGCAUGACCAAGGGUGCCGGCAUGCUCGCGCCCAACAUGGCCACGCUCCUCACCAUCCUCGCCACCGAUGUGCCUGUCGCGCCCGCCGCCAUGACCCCCUUGCUUCGCCACGCCGUCGACCGCUCCUUCAAUUCCAUCACCGUCGACGGCGAUACCUCCACCAACGACACCGUCGCCCUCCUCGCCAACGGCGCCGCCGGCGGGCCCGAGGUCACCUCCUCCGAGGGGUCGCCCGACUACGCCGCCCUGCGUGAGGUGGUGACCGACUUCGCCGCUGACCUCGCCAAGCUCAUCGUCCGCGACGGCGAGGGUGCCACCAAGUUCGUGACGGUCCGCGUCGUCGACGCCGCCACCGAGGACGGCGCGCGGGCCGUCGCGCGGGCCAUUGCCCUCUCGCCGCUGGUCAAGACGGCCCUCUACGGCAAGGACGCCAACUGGGGCCGCAUCCUCUGCGCCGCCGGCUACGCGCUCGUCACGCCCCCGACACACGCGCCCCGCGACGCCGAGGACAUCACCCCGGAGCGCACGAGCGUCUCCUUCGUGCCCACCGACGGCUCGCCCGAGCUCAGGCUGCUGGUGAACGGCGAGCCGGAGCAGGUGGACGAGGCGCGCGCCAGCGAGAUCCUCGAGAUGGAGGACCUGGAGAUCCUGGUGCGUCUGGGCACGGGCGACAAGAGCACGACGCAUUGGACGUGCGACUUCAGCCACGACUACGUCACGAUCAAUGGCGACUACCGCACGUAG